UCCUCGUUGCACGUCUCCAGUACCUAGAGGGUUGACGCUCUGGACCGAUUCUCUGCAGCCGUUUGCGAUGGGCGUUUUCUGCUAAGUCGCUAGGUCUCGACAACCCUGCCUCACUCGAACGGGACGACGUUACCUCCACGCGGCUCGCGGAACAAAGCAAUUACUUCUGGUCUAGUGGUUCCUUUUCAGCUUCCCCGUGGUCUUCGCUGACUACCUCGGUGCCAGUAACGAAACGUUGAUCUAAAUAUCUAUCCUGAAGGCGAUGCAUCUGUCCCUGGGGCCAUCAGUUUUGGGCCAGUAUUCUUGAUGCCUUCGUUGCUGGAUGUCUCCAGGAAAUCCCGUCAAGCUCACCGUGAUUCUGGAUACAUCCAUGGCGGGCGCCCGUGAAAUUGCUCGCUCCGGUCCCAACAACUAUCACUCACUUGAAUGGGGCGAGAGUAUCUCCUUGCAAUGCCUGGAACACCGAAAUAAAGCUGCGUUGUUGUGAGCUUACUCGCUAGUGCCAUGCAUCUGGUCGUCCACCGACAGACGACCCAGAGCGUAACAUCGAACUCUCCAGCUCGGGGUAUCUCAAUUCGUUAAUCUUUGAAGCCUGGAUGCCAACGGCACUGCUGGACCCCGAGAGAUCGGGCGGUCAUCCUACCAAAUUCCCCGGAUUGUCUCCUCCGACGCGUCGAGACCAAUCAGUCCUCCUC